AUGUUACGUAUAGAAUUUUUGGGGCGAAAAAUAAUUUCUUUUAUUUGUAGUGCUUGUUCUCAACUUCAGAAAACCGAAAAGUAAACAAAAGCCCGCUCUGAACGCGUUUGGAAUCCGCUUUUGCUUCUGAACUAAGUUGUCAUUUCUGUGUAAAGAAUAAAUUCGAGCCCAUUCAAGUUCAUUGUAAUUAGGGUUUUAGUAAAAAAAUUUGAGUUAAAAUAAUAAUAGUCGAUCAUCAUGACGAUUCUUGAGAAGAAGAGAGUUCAGAUUCUGCUCAUUGUUGGUGUAAUUGCUCUCAGUAUAACUGCUGAAAAAUGUAGGAAUUUGGUUGGCGAAGAGGCUGCAUCCAAAAGUGGGAAAUUCACUUUCUUGAACUGUUUAGAUGGGGGUACUGGAACCCUUGCAUGUGUGGUGAAGGAGGGUGUAAAACUCUAUUUUUACAACAUCCGAUCUAUCCAUGUAGAGAGUGCAAGGAACAAGGCAAUUGAGUCUGCCUUGUCUGAUGCAAUAACACAAGGCAUGCCUGCCAAUGAUGCAGCCAAACUAGCCCAGAAAGAAGGAGCCAAGGCAGCAAAACUGGCUACUCGGAAAGCUAAGCGCAUCAUAGGUCCCAUCAUUUCUUCGGGAUGGGAUUUUUUUGAAGCUCUUUACUAUGGGGGUACCAUAACUGAAGGGUUCCUUCGGGGCACAGGGACAUUGUUUGGCGCCUAUUCUGUUGGUUUCAUUGGAGAGCAAAGGUUUGGGCGCUUUGGUUAUUUGGUUGGAAGUCAUCUGGGCAGUUGGGUUGGAGGACGAAUUGGGCUUAUGUUGUAUGAUGUGGUCAAUGGAGUCAAGUACAUGCUGCAGUUUUUUCAACUGGAUGAACCUAAAGUUUAUGAUGAUGCAUCAACUGAACAAGUUCUUGAAUCUACUGGUUUUGAAACUUCUGAUGGCUCUGAAGAUUCGUUCGACAAUGCAUCAAGUGAACAAGUUUCUGAAUCUACUGGCUUUGAAACUCCCGAUGUUUCUGAAGAUUCCUACAUAAAUGAAAUGCCCACACAUACUUCUGAUGAGUCGAACGAGAGUCCAGAUGACGCGCGCGAAGAAUUUUAGAUAAAGUUUAGUGAUGUCACAUGUAAAUAACUAUUAUGUUUUCAUUAAUCACCUUUGUCAAACCUGUUGAAAAUGAACAUUUCACAAUCAUAAUCGACUGUUUUAGCCCAUACAUGUCAGCUAUAGAGAUUUCAUUUGAUCUUUAUUAUGCUGAUUGUAUUUUCCUAAGAUAUGACUGUUCAUAUGUAUGUUAAUCGUAUUUUCUUGAGCUC